UCUUUCUAACUGUGGGACUGCCUUCCAUCGUCAGCCGCUCAGUUGUUGUACGGCUUUUGUUGCCAUCGGACGUGACUUGUAUUUAUUUAUUGUUUGCCUGUCGACGGGGCCAGCGAAAACGAAAACGAAAACACUCGCUAUAAAAUAAACAAAAAACUAUUUUUAGGCUGCAAAUUUGAAUAUAUUUUGUUAGAUCAACUGCAGCAGCAUAGAGCCCAUAAUAAUGGACUGCAAAUCGCGUCGCGGCACCAAAAUAUCGGUGAUCGCCUUGGGCAGUGCCCUCUGUUUCGUGAUGAUGGCAUACUUUGUGUUUGGCGACAGUAAUGACGAGCAGGGUCUGCGGAAUCUGCGCAUGAUAUCCAUACUGUUCCGACACGGGGCCAAGAAUCCGAGUGGCUUCUAUCCGCUGGAUCCGUAUGCAGCUCACGAUUGGCAGGGCGGCAUGGGAGCCCUUACACCGAAGGGCAGUCUGCAGGCGUACAACCUGGGGAAGAAUCUGCGGAUGCGGUACUACCGGCUGCUGCCCUCGAACAGCCUCUACACGCAGCAGCAGGUGCACGUCCUCAGUUCGGCGGCGGAGCGCUGUGUGAUGAGCGCCCAGAGCGUCUUGGCCGGCAUGAUGCCGCCGCUGGAGAACAACAAUGUGCUGCCCAUUCCCUGGCAGCCGGUGGCCGUGAAUACGCUAUCGCGAAAUGAUGAUAUUCUAUUGGCCCAAAAGAAACCAUGUUUGAAGUACGACAACAUCCUGCAGAAACUCUACAAAUCCCCACCCGCUGAACUUCAAAAACUCAACGAGGACAACCUGGAAUUGUACAAGCUGUUGACCAAAAAUACAGGCAAGAACAUUUCCAAUGUCUUGGACGUGGAGCUACUAUAUGGCACUCUUAAAACCGAAGAGGAAGCUGGUCUGGUGUUGCCCGACUGGACUGAGAACAUAUAUCCCGAGGAGAUCAGACCACUGGCCGAGCGUAGCUAUACGCUUUUCACCGAAACCAAUCUGAUGAAGCGGAUUAAAGGUGGAGCUUUCCUCACCGAAAUACUCUUCAAAAUGCAGAAUAAGCGAAAGAGAAAUCUGAAUCCCGAUCGCAAAAUAUUUCUAUAUUCCGGGCAUGAUGUGACACUGGUUAACGUAAUGAAUUCCUUGGGGAUACUGGACCAAACCACCAAGCUUCCCGAAUAUGCGUCGGCAUUGGCGUUUGAGCUUCAUCACAGCAAGUCAUUCAGCGAUGGCGACUUUGAAGUGAAGUUGGUUUACUAUUACAACAGCGAGGACAAAUUCCCCAAGGAGCUGACCAUUCCCAAUUGCGAUGCACCUUGCUCGCUGUCCCAGUUUGAGGCUUCGGUGAAGGCCCUACUUUUGGAUAACUACGAUGAGACCUGCGAGAAUCAUACGACUGACUGUAAAAACUAAAAUUUCUUCCAUUGUUAAUUUGUUUUUGAGUGUUAAAAGUGUGUUAAUCUGGCAUUUCAAAGAAAUUUCCAGAAAUUGUUGUGGGCAACUCUGUACGAUUUAAAUGGUUUUAAUAUA